AUGCAUCUCAAGGAGAAAAGUUUAGCUAACCGAUCAACAGCCCUUGGGUUCGCAACUGUUGGUACAAAUGCAGGUCAUAACGGAACUACCGGGGAAUCCUUCUUGAACAAUCCAGAUAUUCUGACAGACUGGUCCUGGCGCGGAAUUCACACAGCGACCGUUGUUGGUAAAGAAAUCAGCCAAACAUUCUACUCCCGCCCACACGACUAUUCCUACUUCUUAGGCUGCUCAACUGGCGGCCGCCAGGGUUUCAAAUCCGCUCAGGCAUUUCCCGAUGACUUCGAUGGAAUAUUAGCCGGCGACCCCGGUAUAGACUUGAGCAGUCUCCUCGCCUGGAUAGGAAACUUUUAUCUAAUCACUGGGCCCGCCAACUCUUCCACAUUCGUACCGUUGCCGCUCUGGUCCACGAUUUACGACGACAUGCUACGUCAAUGCGACAACAUCGACGGCGUGCUGGAUGGUAUCAUCGAAAACCCGGCACAAUGCCAUUACAGACCGGAAGCUCUUCUUUGCAAUCCAGGGACGGGGAAUAACGACUCACUCUGCUUGACUGGGGAACAGGCCAAUACUGUCCGGCAGUUACUGUCCCCCUUGUACUUGGACGGGAAACUAAUAUACCCGGCUAUGUAUCCAAGUCCUAGCAUCGAUGGCACACCUGAACUGCUAUACGGUGGUGAGGUUUUCUCACUGACAGUCGAAUGGCUACGUUAUGUUUUGCAUAAUGACCCGUCCUGGGAUCCUGCUACGAUGAACAUUACGGACCUUCUUGCUAUGAUUAAGCUCAACGCUGCAAGCUCUGAUUCCUUUGAUUCUGAUCUAAGCGCCUUCAGGGAUGCUGGUGGGAAGUUACUUACAUUUCACGGUUUACAGGACGGGCUCAUUCCGUCCUCCAAUUCAGAGCGGUAUUAUGAUUACGUUGCCCGCACCAUGAGCCUCAACACGUCAGCCCUUGACGAGUUCUACCGUUACUUUCAGGUUUCGGGGAUGGGUCAUUGUUGCUACGGCCCAGGUGCCUGGAUGGUCGGGCAGAAUUCAGCGGGAAAUACGGGUCUUGAUCACAAGCAAAAUUUGCUGAUGGCGCUGGUGAGGUGGGUAGAAGAGGGUGUAGGGCCUGACACAAUACUAGGGACAAAGUUUGUCGACGAUGACAAGUUACAAGGGGGGAGCGGCGAUGGGGCAGAUCCAGAGCACUGGGAAUGUAUUUAG